CACGGAAUACAAACGGUACAACUCCCAUCUUCCGUCGUCCCCAUUGUCCUUUAUCGUUGCAUACUGUUUCACGUUCCAACGGAUCGUCACACAAAGAUAGCAUAGUUGCUGCCCAUUACCACUACAAAGUAUUAUAAUCCAAACUACAAUCAAACGACACUUGAAAGUAUGAGUGACGACUGGGAUCUCAAGAUCUGUUGCAUGGGCGCCGGCUACGUCGGAGGUCCCACCAUGGCCGUGAUUGCCAAACAAUGUCCCAAGAUCCGCGUCUGCGUCGUCGAUCUUUCGCAAAAGCAGAUUGAUGCCUGGAACACUGACGAGUUGCCCAUUUACGAGCCGGGUCUUUUGGAAGUCGUCCAAGUCUGUCGCGGCAAGAAUCUCUUCUUCUCGACGGACAUUGACGCCGAGAUUCAAAAGGCCGACGUCGUAUUCAUCUCCGUCAAUACCCCCACCAAAACGCAGGGAAUCGGAGCCGGACGGGCCGCCAACAUCAAGAACUGUGAACUCUGUGCGCGCAAGAUUGUGGAAGUAUCCACCACCAACAAAAUUGUCGUCGAGAAGAGUACCGUACCCGUGCGUACCGCACAGGCCAUUACGCGGGUCCUCAAAUCCAACGAAAAAGGACUCGAGUUCCCCGUACUCUCCAACCCAGAGUUCCUCGCCGAAGGAACGGCCAUGGCCGACCUCAUGAACCCCGAUCGCGUACUCAUUGGUGGACAGCAGAACGAAGCCGGUCUCAAGGCCGCACAAACACUCGUUAGUGUCUACGCAAACUGGGUCCCCCGCGAACAGAUUCUUACCACCAACUUGUGGAGUUCCGAACUUUCCAAGUUAGUGGCCAACGCAUUUCUGGCUCAGCGCGUUUCCUCCAUUAACUCCAUUUCGGCGCUCUGUGAAGCCACCGGAGCCGACGUUUUGGAAAUCUCACGAGCCGUCGGAAUGGACGCCCGCAUCGGCAAUCGCUUCCUACAACCCUCGGUUGGGUUUGGGGGAUCCUGUUUCCAGAAGGACAUUCUCAACCUAGUCUAUCUCUGCGAAACAUACGGUUUGGACGAGUGCGCCACCUACUGGAAUCAGGUCAUUCUCAUGAACGACUACCAGAAGAAACGCUUUUCCGAAAAGAUUGUGGCCAAAAUGUUCAACACCGUCACGGGCAAGAAAAUCGCCUUGAUGGGCUACGCCUUCAAGAAGGACACGGGCGACGUCCGCGAGACCCCGUCCAUGUUUGUCUUGCGUGACUUGAUUCAGGAACAAGCCAAGAUCUUUGUCUACGACCCCCAGGUCAGUCGCGAAGACAUGUGGUCCGAAAUGGACUACACUUGCGGUGUCAACCACCAAAACACGCCCGGCCUCGACGACGCCGUCGUCACCGCCACCGACCCCUACCAAGCCUGUGACGGCGCCCACGCCAUGGCCAUCCUCACGGAAUGGGACGAAUUCAAGACCCUCGACUUUGAUCGCAUCUACAAAAGUAUGGCCAAACCCGCUUUCUUGUUCGACGGACGCAACCUUUUGGAUCACGAAAAACUCCGCGAUAUGGGCUUUGAAGUCCACGCCAUUGGCAAACCCGAUCCCACCGCCUUUACCGAUCUCUAAAGGAGAAGUAACCGUAUAGUGGUUCCUUGCGUGGAGGCGUGGGUCAUCGGGUGAGAGCCACAACCCCCCGAUAUUUGAUGCCGCACUCUUGAUACAAAAGCACGAAAUCCGUAAACAGUAAACAAGCAAACAAAGGUUGUUUGU